CUCCCCUUAGUAAGAUGGCCGCCGCGGCGCCACUCGGCGACGCAGAUUAAACAGUGGAGCGAGGGGCCCGUGGCGGGAGGCUUCCAAUUCACUCAUCAGGGCCCCGGUUAAUUAAGCGCGGCUGAGGCGACGUCGCCGAUGUGGAAGAUCGGCGAUUAACUGAGGGGAAGAUUGGCGGUGGCGAGCCGGGUGGGGCGGCCUUGGGGCGGGGGGCGGUCGGGCCAUGUCGCUCGUGGCGUACGCGAGCAGCGAGGACGACGACGACGAGGCGGCGACGGCUGCUGCCCCGGGCCUCUUGGCCCCGAGGCGGCGCGGGCAGCCAGUGCGCAUCGCGGCGCCAGCCCUGCGAGACCCCGACUCUGAUGAUGAGGACGAGGAGCCCAAAGUGAAGAGGUUUGCGCCAUCCACGGUGGCACCGGGCACCACGGGCCUCUCCGCGCUGCUGCCCAAGCCGCGGGGCGGCGUGCUGUCCGCCGCCUCGCUCGCCGGCACCAAGGUGACCUCGCGGCCGCUCGUGCCGCACGCGUUGACGAAGGCCCGGAGGGCCGCGGCCCCGACGGCGCAGGUGCCCAGCCCCUCGGCCAUCAAGGCGGCGUCGCGGGCGGCCGUGCUGCAGCGCGUGGCGCGGCAGGCGCCGCCCCACGCCGUCGGCGACGACGACGAUGCCAGUGACGGCGAGGAGGAGCAGGCGGCUAGCGGGGGCGGCGCCAGUUUCUUCUCCCUGCCGGCGCGGCCCGGCACGGGCGCCUCGCCGCCCGGCGUUGCCGUCAACCUGCUGGGAGCCGGGACGGCGGUGCCAUGCCCGGCCACGGGCGACUCCGUACAGGACGCUCCCCUCGAGUUCUCCGGGAUAAAGGCGGACGCUGGGGAGCCCGGAGAAUUCCCCGGAGACUACGGCGGUGGUGGCUACCAGGGCUACUACGAGCAGCCGUACGGCGCAGAGAUGGCAACCGCCGGCACCGAGCCUGGCACCAGCAUCGUGGACAACGACGCGUUCCGGCGGCUGCAGGGCAAGAGGAACCGCGGGGAGGAAAUCAACUUCAUAGAGAUCAAGGGCGAGGAGCAGAUGAGCGGCGCCAAGGAGUGGCUCACCAAGUCGCUCACCCAGGAGAAGACCAUGAAGUCCUUCAGCAAGAAAAAGGGCGACCAGCCCUCCACCCAGCAGAAGCGCAAGCACCAGAUCACCUACCUGAUGCACCAGGCGAAGGAGCGGGAGCUGGAGCUCAAAAACUCGUGGGCGGAGAACAAGCUGACUCGGCGCCAGACGCAGGCCAAGUACGGCUUCUAGCGCCGCGCCAGGGCCAGUGCCACUGGCGCCGGCACCGCCGGCCGCCGUCAGCCGGCCGACGCGGCAAACUCCCCACAGUUGACCGGCCAUAGCCAAUCCCGCCGCGGUUAGCAACCCACGGCUAACCGUCCAUAGCCAAUCCGGAGAUUGGGGGUGGCGGCCGUGCCCUGCGGGGAGUUUGGAGGGAGGCUCCCUGGCACCGCAACGUGGUGCCGUUCUCGCGGUGUGGGAUCCCCGAGACGCCCCGGGGCCGUACGCGCCACCGCCGUUGUGAGACGCGGGCGCCAGCGGAGAGUGAGGGGCAGCGCCUCCCCGCCCCCCCCCCGCCCGCCACCCCCCCUCUCUCUCUCGAUCUCACGGCUUGGCCCACUCGGCCCUCACCGGUCCCCAAGGGGAGUCUCCCCGGGCUGCGCAGGCGGCGCGGGCUCCGUUGGUGACCGCCGCCGUGUUUUCGCCGCCCGUGCCGCGUGAAUGGACAAUGUGAACAGAAACCGAGAAUCGCACAAAAGUCAUGAUCGCACGCGCGCGCUCAGGAACGUGUUGUCGCACACCCCCGCUCGUGGAGGCCUCCACAUGCCAUCGCGAAUCGUUUGGGGGGGGGGCGGGGGGUUUGUUUGACCGUACUUCACGCUGGUCAAUGCCGGGUUGAUAAAGGGCGUGGUACAGAACGGUGGAUUUUACUGCACUUCCUUCGCGCUGCCUCCAAUGCAGAUGCAGCAGCAGCAGCAGCAGACCUGCAGCAGCAACCUGUUGUGCGUGGUGGUCGCUCACUCGAGCGCUUUCCAGACGCAACCCUUGCUUAGCUUUGCGAGCCGGGGAGGGGGCGGGGGGGAGGACGCAUUCCGGCCUAGCUCUAGAGGCACCGAUAAUUGUAUGUGGGCCAUUGACAGUGUUUUGGCCAGUAAAAAAACCUUUUUGGACGAUGAGCGGGGUUUUUGACGAUUAUAUGUUCGUGUAGUUUUCGUGUCUUUUUUUUAUUUUUAACAAGAAAAUAAAUAAAAGCAAGCCACGUUUUUUUGUUCCCUCCGCGGUGGUCGCAACCGCACGCGAACCCUCUCUGCUCUGGGCGCCGUUGACUCCGAACGCUGGAGAGUUUUACAUGUUGCACCGCAAGUUUGGGUCGGGGAGUGGGGGCGUGGGUUCCACUCAACUCAUAACCUAAUUCAAAUCAGCGCCAACUCACAAGCAAGAACGCAUCGGGUUCGACUCCAGACCCGGGCACCGCUCUGUGCGGAGUUUGUAAGAUUUCUCACCCUGUCCGGCAAAGGGUUGCUGACCCCAGGUUCUCCGGUUUCCUCCCAGAGCUAAAAACAAAACCCGCCGGGCCUGGGAAUGUGGAGUCGUGAGUGUGUGGGUGCGGGCUCCUGCCCCCCCCCCCUCCUUCCUGCCCUCUACCCCUCCACGCUACCCCCCUCCUCAAGCCACUGUCGCUCCUCGCCCCCACUGCUCGCAUGGAUGAAUAUCCGAGCGGGUCACGUGCUGUCUGGUGUCACUUGAAUGAACUUUGAACGUUGCGUGUGGGUGGCCUGUGUCGGUGGGGGUUCUGACACCCGUGGUCACACCACCUCGUGGUUCCCCUGCAAUAAAAGCCGUCUUUGUCUCUCC